CAAGUGCAUUGUGCUGCUGUCAUCGAACGUAGCGCGUUUCGAAAAGAUUAACCUUCAGUGUUUGUUCUUGCGUGAAAUAAUGGCAAUUAUGACUAAUAAGUUGGCACAAAUUGCCGAUGAUCUGGAUGAGAUGCAGCAAUUGAUUACCGAAACUACCGACUAUCUGCACGAGAUUGGCGAAGCCAUCGACAAAUGGAAAAAUGAUUUAACCACAAACGCAACUGUCUUCGAUUACAAAGGCAAACUCUCCGAGCUGGUCGUGAAUCUGGGGUAUAUCCAUGCUGAGCAAAACAAACUGCAGGCCGAGUUUAAGGAAAUCGAAGAGGGCAAGAAUAUUGCCGCUAUGCUGCCAGAACUGAAGGAUAAAUUCCAACAAUUUGGCUGCAACCUGUUGCUGGGCCACAAUGCGGACAACAAUAUCCACUACACGUUCGAUUUUGGCGAAGGGCGCUGCAUUACCGUCAAAGAGCACAAUUUCCAAUGGUUGCUUGUGGAGUGCACUUCGCAGUUCCUGGAUUUCAAUACGCUCAAAGAAUAUUUAAACAAGUCCCAGGAUAUAAUUGGGCUGCUAGCUGUCGCUAAGGAAAUGAUUUCCGUAGCCACAUACAAUUAGGCUGGCAUAUGCAUAUCUAUUUAAUUUAUACAAAUCCACAAAACGUACAAAUCUCUAAUCAAAUACAAAUAACAUAUGUACAAUUUGCUGGACAGUUGGCAACUCAAUUGUUGUCGGAUCGUUCCGAUGCCAGCUAUAUACGCUAUAGCAUUAAGAUAACUUUGAAAUGAAAUUAUACUCGAUGUACGAUUGAUUGUUCCUAAAAAUAUCUAGUUGUAAGAUCCAACAGGGUUCCACAGACAUCUUAUCACAUCUUAUCCUCAGCCUUAGAAAAUAUUUGCGAUGUCCGUUUGGAGAUGAGGUAAACUUUUACAGGCCCUAUCAAAGGGAUGCCCCUCCAAAGGGCGCAUGCCAACAAUCUGCCAUCAUUUAAAUAGACUAUCACACAACAAAUGCGAUAUAAUAUUUAACUAUAUACAUAUAUAUAUGUAUACUAUCUAUAUAUUUUCUAUAACAUACCUGAAGUAUAUUCAGAACCGAACGAUUCUAGAAUUUGAUAAACCAAUAUAAAUCCAUAAAUGAGGCGAUUCUGAUUUAUAAAAAAAGAGCCCAAAUUUGCUUACAACAAAAAGAAACUGCGUACAUAAGAUAUUUAAAAUGUAAUUGUUAAUAUAAUCGAUUGUGAAAUAAAUGUUUAUAUCGGGCGAUCACUGUAGUUUAUGUAUCGCAACCGGCUCAAAAAGUUGAUGAAAAUAACAAAAUGCAUUUGUUUUUAGUA